AGAGAUAAUAUUCCUUGUGGCACUCACAUGAAAACAAAUUAUUUGACAAACCCAGAUUCAGGUUAUGAAAAGACCAAACUCCUCAUCAGUGACAGAGAGCAACAUUCAACAAGAUGACUUCAAAAAAUAAUCCAUCGGCCCUGGACCCCAGGGAGUUGUGCGGGCAGCUGAGCAACUGCCAGAUAGAGAAUGAGGCUCUGGGAGUACAGGUCGAGGUGCUGAGGGCUCACCUCCAAAGUGCAGAGCAACACAUUGCCUGUCAGGAGAACAAGGCUACUGAGCUGUCCACCAGACUGGAGACAGAGACCAAAGAAAAUAAGUUGCUGUUGAAACAGGUGGAGCAUUUAACCAGCAAGCUCAAGGAUGAGAGGGCCGAGAGACUGAUGCUCACUGAUCAGCUUCAGACAGAGAGAGACACCCAUCAGGAAGAACUUGAGGCACAGAUGAGGUCUCAUGCUGACAGGGUGAGAGAGGACCAGGUGAAAUGUGAAAUGAUGGACCUGAAAAAAAGACUUCAGGAACAGACUUCCAUCAAUGUUAAGCUUGCCACUCAGCUCCAGGCUGAGAGAGAGGUAAGCCAGGCCCUCCAGGCAGAAAGUGCCAAGCUCAAAGAAGAGCUGAAGGAACAGGAGGACAAAGCCCUCGUCGCAUUACAGGCCAUUAAGAUGCUGGUAGAGGAGGAAACCACUGGUGAGAAGGUUCCAGGGAAGAAAAAGAAGAGAUCAGUGUGGAAAAGAAUCUGCCACUCCCUCGGUUUGAGGAGGAAAAGGAAUGAGAGACAGGAGGAGUCCACUUCCACCAACUGAGACUUCUAAACUACAUACAAAAUCACCAAAUGAUGAUACCAACCAAAUACUUUCAAUAAAACAAGCUCAUAUUACGAACAUGUGCUUUUGCUAAAUUGUGAUGGCUUAAAACCACCGGAAUAAAAUGUUGUCAUGUUGGUGGCAAA